AUGUAUCAACAUAAAAAAAGAGAUUGUCGACCUGCAUCGUGUUGCGAAGUUGAAAAAAACGUCUUCAAAUGUUGUCCUUAUACCAAUGGUGUGUGUUGUCGUGAUGGUAAAAUCUGCUGUCCUCAAGGAACGAAGUGCAACUUGGAACUUGGUCAAUGUCAGUCUCCUAAUGGAGUUGUGUUUCCACCUAAACAGCUUUCACAGAAAGUCAAUAAUAAUUUAAAUACCAGUGUUUCUGAUACAGUACUGAAGCGACUAUCAGUAAAUUAUGUUUUAUGUCCCAAUCGUCAGUCAGUAUGCCAUGAUAACAACACAUGUUGUCCAAUGUCAGGUGAAUUGUGGGGUUGUUGCUUGGGGGCUAAUGCUGUUUGUUGUCCAGAUGGCAAACAUUGUUGCCCUCAUGGUUCAGUAUGCGAUACGGUGCAUCAGGGAUGUAAAUCAGUUGAGUUCGUUGAAAUGCCAGAGACGAAAGAAUCUUUACAGUCCUUACAACUUGUAUCGGCUUCAGCUCCUGCACGCCUCAAUCCAAAUGCUAAAUUAUCUGAAAAAGACUGGAGAAAGAAGAUUCCCCAACUGUCAGCCAAGCACUUAAUGGCUUAUACUGGUGUUGUAUGUCCUGACCCAUUAUAUGAAUGCCCAGCCGAUACAACUUGUUGUUAUACUUCAGAAGAAGGAUGGGCAUGUUGCCCUAUGCCUCAAGCUGUAUGCUGCAAUGAUGGAGAGCACUGUUGUCCUAAUGGUUAUAGAUGUGAUUUAUCUGUUGGUAAUUGUGUACGAUUUUCAACGGAUUCAUCAGAUGAUUCGCAAAAGCCAUCAUCGAAUAUUAUUACUCUAUCAUCGUCAUCAAGAAACAUUUCUUGUCCAAAUAGUAAUGUUUAUUGUCCAGAUAAUACAACUUGUUGUAAAUAUAAAGAUCAAUGGGGUUGUUGUUUGUUUCCAAAUGCAGUUUGUUGUUCCGAUGGUAUACAUUGUUGUCCAGAAAAUACAAUUUGUAAUUUACAACAGGAGAUUUGUGUAUCAACAACAUCUGGUGAAUUCAUUGAUAAGCUACAAUUGAAAUCUCAAUCUCAAAUUCAAAAACAUGAUGGCAAAGUUUCAUCCAACACAAUGUUUAAUAUUUGUCCUGAUAAGCGAUCAAUUUGUAUGGGUAGUAGUACAUGUUGUUCUACGAAUGUAUCAUCAGUGUAUUUUUGUUGUCCUCAUGAAAAUGCUGUUUGCUGUGGCGAUGGUAAACACUGUUGCCCACAAGGUGCAACUUGUGAUCCAAUCAAAGGAGGUUGUAUUCCAAAAGAAAAGGACGAUGAUUCAUCCAAAUCUGAUCAUAUUCCAUUGUUGAAAAAGUUUGCAGCCUUACGUGUUACUUCGAAAGAGAAUUCACUAUCCACUAGUUUCACUGAAAUUUGUCCUGGUGGUAAAGCGAAAUGUCCGGAUAAGACAACUUGUUGUGAAUUAAAAGAUGGCCAAUAUGGAUGUUGUCCAGGUGAAAAUGCUGUUUGCUGUGGCGAUGGUAAACACUGUUGCCCACAAGGUUCAACUUGUGAUCUAAUCGAAGGAGGUUGUGUUCCAGGGGAGGUGGAAAUUUGUCCUGGUGAUAAAUCGAAAUGUCCGGCUAAGACAACUUGUUGUGAAUUAAAAGGUGGCGAAUAUGGAUGUUGUCCAGGUGAAAAUGCUACUUGUUGUACGGAUGGUAUUCAUUGUUGUCCAUCAGAAACUACAUGUGACUACAAAACUAAAUCAUGUAUUAAGAAAAUUGACAAUGAUUAUUCAGCUGAUGAUUUCUUACAUAAUCCUACAUUGUUAUUCAAUCGAGUGCGUGAUCAUACUUGUCCUGAUCAUCAAUCUGUAUGUACUGAUGAACAGACUUGUUGUCAACUGCCUGAUGAUAGAUCAUGGGGUUGUUGCCCAUUGCCAAAUGCUGUUUGUUGUGCAGAUCGAUUACAUUGUUGUCCAGAUGGUACAACGUGUGAUCUCGAAGCAAAUACAUGUAUUGAAUCAUUCAAAUUUAAUCAAUCUACUACAAAAAUCAUUUCUGAUGGUUUUAAUAUGCUGAAUGCUGUACAGAAAUCAUCAACAAGUGGUAAUUCACAAUCACAACCAAUGAAAUCGUUGAAUACUAUUGCUACUACCACGACGACGACCACUGUGGUACAAGCAAAAUGGUGUGGAGCAUGUGGUGACACUUGGGCAUGUUGUCCAAAUACUAAUUUCAAUGAAUGGUUAUGUUGCCCUUAUGUUGGUGGAGAAUGUUGCAUUGGACAUAAUACCUGUUGUCCACGUGGGUCACAUUGUUUACCUGAUGGAAAAUGUGAACAACUUACUAAAAAUAUCCUCAAAUCAUUCGCACCUAAUUUAAUACCGUCCACACCAAUGACUAAUAAUAAUCUACCUAGAUCCUCUUUUAUCCAACAAACUAAUGAAAAAGAAGAAAAAGAAGGAGGACGCUUUAGAACAGCAAUGUCUAAAGCUGCUAAACCUGCUCAAAGAAAUAUCUUACUUCGUGUUAGUUAUUAUCGACGUCUUAAACGAAAUUUGCACACCAUCUGUCCUGAUUCAUUACAUUAUUGUGAUAAAUCGGAACAAUGCUGUCUUUCGAAUAAAUUCGGUUAUACAUGUACAUCAAAUAAGUCUACAUGUUGUGCGGCCAAUACAGAUACUUAUUGUCCAGCCUUAAAAGAUUGUUCAUCAGAUGGAAAAUACUGCAUUGAUCCUCAUGAUUGA